CUAAAUGUAUCCUCCAUCUUAUACUCGUGAAGAAUCGAAUCCUGAAUUAGAGAUAUUGGAUAAUGCUAAUUUGAGGAAGAACAAGAGAGGAAAAUUCAUCAACCACCACUACACCUUCUAUCCUCAAUUCAAUCAUUAAUAACCCUAUAUAUCAAUCUAUGAUCAAUGGGUCUGAACAAUCAAUUGGUCACUGUGAUCUUCCAGAAGAAAAUAAGAUGGAGUACCAGCACAAUUAUGUUGAUGGGAAUACUGCAAAAUCAUUUGAAAACGCAAAAUCUGAAUCCAGAAGGAUGACUGCACAAAAUCACUAUGGAAAUCCUGCCAAUCAAAACCAGGUACAAUUUCUUUGUGAUAUUAUUGAUAAAUUCAGUAAAGCAUCUGGCCAGGCCAUAAAUUUUGAUAGUUAUGGUGGCAGGUUGUAUGGAUGGAAAUCCAAUUUUUUUAACCAACUAGGUGAUUUUGGUGGAAUAAAACAGGUCAUGGAAAAGGUAUAUACCUGAUCAAUUGGGAUAUUGUUGCUGCUCCCAAACAUAAGGGAGGUCUUAAUAUAAGAAAAUAUGGUAUUUUUAAUCUGCCUUUUCCAUCAAAAUUGGCUUGGAGAAAAUAUUGCAGGAACCUAAUGCUCUUUGGCUGCAGAUUUUAAACAUAAAUACUUUCCAAUGUAUGAACCUUUGUCAGGUGAAGUAAGUGUUUAUGGUUCUUGGAGACGGAUUCCAGAGGGUCUGGAUAUAGUGAAAAAACACCACUGUUGGAAAUUAACUAAUAGUGAAAAGGUCCACAUUUGGACUGACAUUUGGGCACCAGAUAUUGGUACAACUCUUCCUACUACUUUUAUGUCUUCUAACAUGAAGUUUGUUAGUCAGUUAACAGAUGAAAACACUAGGAAUUGGAACCUUAAUACCUUAAAUGCCAUUUUCCCAAAGACAAUAAUAGAUAAGAUAUGUAAGAUUAGACUACCUAUGAUUGGGAAUGACCAAAUAAGAUGGACCGGUGCUAAAAAUACUAUAUUCUCAGUCAAAUCAGCUUACAAUAUUCCGCUUGAAGACUCUCAAUCUAGGAAUUUGACUAAUAAUAGCCAAUUUCCUUGGCAAAGAUUAUGGAAAGUCAAAUUACCUCUGAAAAUUCAUCAUUUUUUAUGGAAAUGUCUGCAAAACUGUGUCCCUGCUAGAGAUGAGUUAUAUAGAUUUGUUGAUGAUAUUCCAAGUACUUGUCCACUUUGAGGAAAUUAUGUUGAAACUAUGCAUAAUUUUUUUAUAAAGUGCUCUGUUUCCAUUAGCAUUUGCAAUGCAGAUAGUAAUCUUAUUUCCUCCCGCAAAAAUGGUAAUUUUACUGAAUGGCUCGGAAAUAUUUUUACGUGUAACCAAUUUUUUGUUGCAGAUAUGCAGAAACGGGUGAGAUUGGUCAGCUGUAUACUAUGGCGUAUUUGGAAAUUAAGAUGCGCAAUAGUUUAUGAUAAUUUUCAAUUUAUACCUACUGUGCAUAUUAAUUCCAUUAAAAUGUUCGUAUCUGAGUGGGAAAGUUCCAGGAAUGUCACUCAUGAUUCUAAUCAAGUGAUGCAGGAACAAAAAUGGAGUCCUCGAAAGGAGAAUGAUUUGAAAGUGAAUUUUGAUGUAUCCUUUAUAAAUGAAAAUUCUCCAAUUGGCAUAGGACUGAUUCUUCAUAAUUUUGCAGGGUGUUUCAUGGGAGCAAGAGGAGAAACAUCAACAAUAAUAAAUUUUGAACAAGGGAAAGCAGUAGCAGCAAUGGAAGCUAUAAAUUGGGCAAAAGCAAAGGAGGUUCUUAACCUUCGUCUAUAAGGAGAUAAUAAAAAUAUAGUAGCAGCAAUAAAUGGAUCUGUAGGCAGUAUCUAAUGGAAAACUUAUAGUAUAGUCCAAGAAUGCAGACAUUUACCAAAACAAUUUAGAAUUUGGUUUUGUUCCCAUGUUAAAAGGAUGCUAAUGGAGUAGCAGAUGUAAUGGCAAAAAAUGCCAGAGUUAAUGGUGCUUCAAUGUGGAACUCAGUUCCACCAGUUUUCCUUCUUAACAGCAUAGAGAAGGAUCAACAUUGUAACUUAUUUAACUACUCUUAUAAUUUUUCAUUUCAUAGCGAAAAAAAAA